AUGAAAGAGAUCAAGUGGCAAUUUUCAAUAUUUCUUCUUGUCAUAACAACCGUAUUCAGUUUGAUAGUCAAUGCUGCUGCUUUAAAUGAAAAACGAGAUACUGGUACUAGAGUAACCACCACUAUUUCCACCACGACUCACCAUCGCUCUCAUCACCAUUCCAAGAAGCAUCACCAUCACAAUUCGUCCAGCUCAAUUUCUGCUAGAGCAACAAAGACCAUCCGAAACUGCUCCUUGGCUUCAAUUCAGCAAAAGCAUUUGAAGACAAAAUCCUUGAGACAUCACAAGUUGCCUCAUACACAGACUAUUUAUGUAUGUGAUAGAUCAAAGCAUACCAAAACAACAAUCAAGAAGCACUCAACCAAGAAGCACUCAACCAAGAAGCACAACAGUCAAUCCUCUCACAAGAAGAGUGUUCAACCAAAGAGUAAAUCUAAAAAGCACUCUACUACCAAGGAGCACAAGAGCAAAAAGCACACCACCACCACUAUUAAACACAAGAGCAAGAAGCAACCUGCCUCGACUAAAACAAGAAAAGUUAAAGCUGUAACCACAACUCAUAAAUCUAGUGAAACAUCAACUUCUUCUGUUGUUGCUGAAGCUUUACCUACUUCAGAUACCACCAUUACUACUACUUCUAUUGAUAAUAAUAAUAAUGCCAAUGAUUCCAAUACCAAUGAUGUUAGUGCUGCCAACAACAACAACAACAACAACAACAACAACAACAAUACCAAUGAUACCGCUGAUGCUGCUUCUUCUGAAGAUGCUACUGCCACUGCUGAACCCUUGGCUGCUGCUGGUGCUGGUGCUGCCCCUUCUGCUUCUACCACACCUACUGAUAACAACAAUCAAGUCUCUGCUCAAAGUGUCAAUAACGGCCAAGCCAUCAACAACGAACCUCAAAGCCAAGUUAUUGGCGUCUCCAUUGGUGCUGUUGUUGGUUGUCUAGCUGCUGCUGGUUUAGCUGGUAUGUUUAUCUAUAAGCGCAAGCAAAACUCCAAGCACGAUCAAGACGUUGAAGACUUGAAUCAAACAAGUGAAGUCAAUACACGUUGGCGUACACAAUCUUUCAUGGCUGUUGUUGCUGGCGCCGUCGCCAAGCUACCUAAUCGAAGCAACUCGUCUAGUUCAACUCGUUCUGGUGGUGUAUUGGGCAGUAUUCGUAGAGCAGCAAGCAAUGCUUCUAGUAAGCUGUCAAGAUCAACUAGUAGAUCUAGUACACAAAGCUAUGGUAUUGCCGUUUCUGGACCUAUACCUGCUAUUCAACGUAUCGAUGGCGACCAAGCUACCUACUAUGCUGAACCAUCUAGUCCAUCGGGCCAUCAUCAUACACACGCUUAUUAG